GUUGUGAACUACGUUUGGCACCAGUGGAGAGCAGCGGCAAGAGUGAGUGAGGAGGAACACGUGUUGGAGUCUUAUUAUUUUUCUUAAGACUUUCAUUCGUUCAGUUUUAUAAAUGGAACUUCAAUGUUGUUGUGGUAGUUGGAGAUGAAAUCUGUGAUAAUGGAAGUCUUAAUGCAGCAGAUGAGUUCCAGCCUCUUAGCUGUAACCAAGUUGAGGAAGCUGCUGGAUAUUCACCUUCCCCAAAAUAAGAAGACCAAGCCACUUCCUUGGGUGGCAGUUGUUAAGGGCUUGGUCAACAGAGCUGCAGAUACUUCCUCUGAGGUACCCCUUGCAAAUGCUUUCACAAUAAUUGAUAUCAAAUUAAAUAACACCUUGCAGAGAGGUCUAAAACACCCAGAACAAGAUGGACGUUGUUAUUGCAUCCUCCUUGGCAGUCUUGUCUGUCACAUCUACACCACCUCUGAGAUUAAAGAAUUACCAAUGGUGGAGGUCAAUAGGAUUACCUCGCUUCUCCUCACCGCAGUUAUCGACCUGGAAGCUGUUGUUGUCAGAAAGGGAGAAGAAACUGAAGCCAUCUCGAGGAUCUUUACCAAGUUAACUGUCAUACUUGGUCACUGUCCAGAACUACUUCUUGAUACCCUUCUUCACUGCAAAACUCUUACCAACGCUAGUGCAAGACGACCACUAAUAUUUGCCCCUUUGAUAAAGUGUCUUUUUGCCACAGUCAAGAGUAAAAGUGUUAAGUCCCCAGAACUGUACCUGAAGUAUUUAUUUCUGGGCAAACUAUGGCUCUUUAUGACAAAGAAAGAAGAGGUUGUACAAAGGAGGGCUUAUAUUAUCAAUUCUGUCAAGCUUCCACGAAAUUUUGUUGAUUGGGCAGAACAAAAUGAAAUCCCCUGGCUGAGGCUGGAUACAUGCAACACCCGCCUCAUUCUCAAGAACAUGACAGUCUCAUCGGCUUUCAGAACUCUGUACCCUGGUGAUGCUCAACAACUAUCUUCCUUGAAAACUGAUUCUCAACAGCCCAAGAAGAAAAAGAAGAAAGAUAUAGUUUAUAAGAUACAUAAUGUGAGAACUGCACAAGGUUUCUCAGAAAAAUUGGUGAAAGUGAAAAGUAAGAAAAAAAAUAAGAAUAAGAGUAAAAAACUGCUGAAUGAGGACUCUUCUACACAAGACACCUCUAAUGAAACACUGAUGCUGAAAAAUAAGAAAAAGAGUAAAGGUGACAUUAACUCGAUGGUUGUUGAGGACACGACACAAGAUAUCUCUGAACAAACGGUGAACGUGAAAAGUAAGAAAAAAAAUAAGAAUAAGAUUAAAAAGCAGCCCAAUGAGGACACUAUUCAAGAUGUUUCUGAUGAAACACUGGUGCUUAAAAAUAGAGAUAAGAUUAACAAAGUGCUUAAUGAGAAGAGUGCACAGGCUGUUUCUGAAGUGAUGGUAAAAGUGAAAAGUAAUGGAAAGGACAAGAAUAAGUUUAUCAAGAUGAUUAAUGAGGACUGUGAAAAAACAGUCAAAAUGAAAAAUAAGAAAAAGAGCAAAAGUAACAUUAAUUUGAUGGCUUUUGAAGAAACUGCACCAGAUAUCCCUGAAGAAACACUGAUGAAGAAAAAGAAGAAAGAUAGAAAUGUUAACAUGAUAACUAACGAAGAAACUGCACCAGAUGUCCCUGAAGAAACACUGAUGAAGAAAAAGAAGAAAGAUAAAAAUAUCAAAAUGAUAACUAAUGAAGAAACUACACUAGAUGCCCCUAAGAAAACAGUGAAACUGAAGAAAGGGAAGAAAGAUAGAAAUGUUAACAUGAUAACUAAUGAAGAAACUGCACCAGAUGUCCCUGAAGAAUCAUUGAUAAAGAAAAAGAAGAAAGAUAAAAAUGUUAACAUAACUAGUGAAGAAACAGCACCAGAUGCCCCUGAAGAAACUGCACCAGCUGCCCCUGAGAAAACUGUGAAACUGAAGAAAAAGAAGAAAGAUAGAAAUGUUAACAUGAUAACUAAUGAAGAAACUGCACCAGCUGUGCCUGAAGAAACUGUGCCAGCUGCCCUUGAGAAAACUGUGAAACUGAAGAAAAAGAAGAAAGAUAGAAAUAUUAACAUGAUAACUAAUGAAGAAACAGCACCAGAUGUCCCUGAAGAAACUGCACCAGCUGCCUCUGAGAAAACUGUGAAACUGAAGAAAAAGAAGAAAGAUAGAAAUAUUAACAUGAUAACUAAUGAAGAAACAGCACCAGAUGUCCCUGAAGAAACUGCACCAGCUGCCUCUGAGAAAACUGUGAAACUGAAGAAAAAGAAGAAAGAUAGAAAUAUUAACAUGAUAACUAAUGAAGAAACAGCACCAGAUGUCCCUGAGAAAAUAAUGAAACUGAAGAAAAAGAAGGAAAAAACUAGCAAUAAGGAUAAAAAGCUGACUAAUGAAAAAACUACACCAGUUGUCUGUGAAGAAACACAAGAAAUAGAACAAAAUAAGAUGGAUGUGUCAGAGAGAGUCCGUGAAGGAAUUACUAACACCAAGUCAAAGCAUAAACAGAUUGAUCAAUAUACCACUAGAAUUGAACAAGAUGAGGAAAUGUGUGCUUUGGCGGGAAAGAUGGGCAAAUACACCAGUGAGUCGGGUACUGAACACACCAGUGAGUCGGGUACUGCCAAGUUGAACGAAACAAGAAGCAUAGAACUGAAGAGUACAUCAGACAUUCAAGGGGUACAGGAAGAAGUGGUCAAAACAAAGAGAAAGAAAAAAUUGCACGGCGCUGCCAAAGGUAAAGCGAAAAAAAUGAAGAUUCGCGACAAUGAGGAGAAGGAUGGGAGACAGGUGAAAGCAGAAGAGGAAAAGGAAGUGAUGAUGAUGUCAAUAGGGUUGAAAAAUGUAAAGAGAAAGAAUUUAGAAACAGAUUUAAACCAACCGGUCAAAAAGAAAAGAAAAACUCAUGUAAAUACAGAUAAUACAAAACAUGAAAACUUAGAUGUUGUGGCUAGAAAGAACAAGGGUAAGAAGCUCAAGAAUAUACAAAGUGAAGAAGUCAUCAAAGAAAAAACUGUUGAAGAUUCUCAAAAACAAAAUCAAUGGAGCUUGGACAGAGGGGAGGUGAAAUCCUAUACAUCACCUCUAACUAAUCCUUCCACAUCAAAGAAUAGUGCAUUAUCAGUAUCCUUGAUGGGAAGGAAACACACUGAGGUUGAAGGACAUGCUCGUGCUAGACCGAGAAUUAUAACAAUGAGUGACUCGGCACUACAAAGAAAACACACACAUGUUGCGAAGCAACAAAGAAAAAGACUGAGUUGUGAGGUGGGACGUGAACAUAUGACAAAGCAAGAAAUAGCCAGUUUACAUCAGAAAAUCAGAAAGGAUGGUAUCACCUUCACUGUUAUAGAUCUGGAACCAGCAACCAAAACUCAGUUAAAUGUUAAAUGUGAGGAUAGUUCUGAAGAUGAUCUGUCAAAUAUUAAACAUGAGAGUUUUGAAGUUCAAGUAGAACAAGAAAAAGGAGUGAAAAAUAAUAGAAGUAAGUACAGGGAUUCAUUACCCAGAAAAAGAUUAUUUGUCUCGCCCAUUGUGGCUUCUGGAGACCCUACCUUGUGUGAUGAAUCUAUUAGAAAUGGCAGGGAAGUUGCCAGUGAGUUAAAUACUAGUGAUAAUGAUGUGCUUUAUCACCAGGAUACAGAUACUAACAAGAGUGAUGUGGUUGUUGACCUGAGUACUGGUAGUAAGGAAGAGGUAAUCACAGUGAAAAAUUGGGAAGUGACACAGGAACUGGACACUAAAGAUACUGGAGUGAUGGAGUUACCUGACCAUAAUGAAAUGUUUGAAAAGGCAGGUAACAAAAUGAGUGAAGUGGAAAAUGAUUCGGUUAGCAAUAUAGAGGAAGUGGUUGUGGAUUCAGAUGGAGACAGUGAAGUAGAAAGGGAGUCAGACAAGAGUGUUGAAGAAUGUGGUUGGAUAUCAGAUCACUUUAAUAGCAACGAAUCUGAAGACUCACUGUGUGUAGCUGUUGAUCUUAACCACACUGAAAAAAUUUUAAAAGUUCCAGAUGAAGCGUGUGAACUGACGUAUGUGGAGAUGCCAAAGAAAAGUCCUGUUGCACUUACAGGAUGUGUUGAAGAUUUAGAUUCAGAUAUAGAGAUUAUUGCUGUGGAAGAAAAGGGUCCAAAGCCUGGCAAGAAACGACGUUCAUUUGCUCUCAAAGAUUAUGCAAGUGACAUUGAUGAGGCUUCAGGGUGUGAGAGUGAUAUUGUUCCAUGUGAUGAGAAAGCAAAGAUGUUUACUGAUAAAGAGAUCAAAGAUUACCAUAACAAGCUCAUGGAAGCUGAAAUGCAGAGAAAAGUGGAGGAUAUAUUGAAAAAGGAAGAAAAGGAACUCAAAGAGAAAAUGACAGAAAAUGAAAAUAUGGCUAGCACAAAUGUUACUGAAGAAAGUUCUACGGUUAAUGAAAAGAAGAAUCCUGAUGAUUCCAAGGAUUUAGUUAGUCAAAUGAUAAAUAACCUUUAUAAACCUUCCAUUAUGGUAGAAAAAACAGAAAUACAAGAACAGUUUGAUGAGGAAUUGAAUGAUGAUAGUGAUAUUGAGGUUAUCCUACAGACAAUUGUGAAAGACACAGGACGGUUGACAAGUAUCCAUGGAAUAUGUGAGAGAUUAUCAUCAAGUAGAAUGACCAUCAAGGAGGAAUUGAGAGAAAGUGAUAAUCAACAAACAGAGGAGACUGAAGUACAAGAAAAUAAAGUAGUUGAAAAUUCACCUUUACAUUGUGAAAAAUCUGAAGUUACCAAGGAUGAAGACAUUGUAGUGCUUGGCAAUGUGAAGUCCCAAAAUAAUGACGUUGUAGUACUUGGCAAUGUGAAGUCCCAAAAUAAUGACGUUGUAGUACUUGGCAAUGUGAAGUCCCAAAAUAAUGACGUUGUAGUACUUGGCAAUGUGAAGUCCCAAAAUAAUGACAUUGUAGUACUUGGCAAUGUGAAGUCCCAAAAUAUUAUAGACCUAGAAACUGAAUCUCUUAAUGAUGAAAUAUCUAAUGAGUGUAAUGAUCCAGAAAUUGAAGUACUUGAGUUGGGUGUUAAUGUAGAAAAUAAAAUUUGUAACAAAGACAUUUAUAUUUUGGAGACAUGUGUUGAAUAUACCAAAAAAUUGCAAGAAAGUGUGGCCCAAGACACUGAAGAACCUGAAGAUAAUGUUACAGUUGAUAGUGUAGUUGAAACUUUGCAUGUGGAAUGUAAGCAGGAAGGUGGAAUAAAUAAGGACCUAGAGUGUACUUCAAACAUUGAAACAUUGAAAACAUCAUAUAAAAGGACAUUGAAUCAUGACACUGAUGACUGUGGAACGGGAACUUCAAAAUUAGAGGUUGGUGAUGUAUUUAAAUCAUUACCUGAUGUAAAAUCAUGUGAGAAAUAUUCAUUAGAAGAAAUUAACAAAGAUGGGAAGAAGGGAAUAAAUUAUAUUAAAGGGGACAAAAUAAAUGAAGAAAGUGACAGUGUCAGCUUUCAUAUAGUGAACACCAUAGAUGAUCUAAAUGAGAUGGAUAUUAAGGACGAGUUCAUCAAGGAAGAAACUUCUGAGCUAAGUAACCAUGUCACUCCUUUAGAUAUCUCCUAUAAUUACAAUGGGAAACCUGUAGGUGAUAGUAAUGGACUCUUAGAUGGUGGUAAACUGAGUCCACAUGACAUGAAUCAGUUAUUUAAAACAUCCAUUCCAGAUUUUCCCAAGUCUGAAAGUGGUUCACCUGCUAUAGCAAUGAGUUCUCUAGUAGUGGAAUCUGUGACAAAAAGUGAGCACAAUGAAGAUUUCCAUGUUGCUAAAGAAAAUGAGGAAAUUACUUCAUCAAAGAAACAACAAGAAAGUUUACCUUAUCUUUCAAAUACUGUACUAAGUUCCAUUAACAGUAUUGCACAACAUGAGAGUGAUGAGAGAGCCAUGAAAGCAGAGAUAGAAUCCAUAACAGAAGAAUCUGAGAAGUCUUUAGAAAUGGCAGAUGAAGCAUAUGAAGCUAGUAGUGAUGCUUCAGAGGAUCCUACACCCAAAACCAGAAGGAGGGCUCGCUCUCUGCGAAGAAAUCUUACUGUACACGCAAUCUUGCAGGAGUUUUCAGAUUCAGAUGCAUCUCCAGUUCAGCGAACUCGAAGGAGGAAGUCAUCAGAAGUAACUGGAAAUACCCAUUUAGGAUCAACACGGAAAAGGAGCCAAAGUUUUUGUCAAGAAACUGUAAAUUCGACAUCAGGAGCUUCAGUUAGUUUACAGAGUUCUCAAACUUGUUUGUCAGAGUUUACGCUUUACGAAAAAGAAAACGGGAAAGCGUGGACUGACAACAACAAAAUGGCAACUACUGGUGAGGUACUUAAUCAUUGUGCCUCUGAUUCUUCUGAGAAUGACCAAACGGUUUAUGUCUGCAGCAAUAAACUGAAUUCUUCAAAUGUACCCAUAUCUGUGGCUGUAGUUAACAGAUCAUAUACUAUGUCUUCCAGCUCUGUUACACCAUCAGCUACAGGAACCCCAGUGAAAAGUAUAUUAAAUGAUGGAGUUUCAAAAUCUCCAAUCAAAUUUGAGGUACAUAAUAUAUCAGAAAGGUCUGUUUCUAUCUCUUCUGUAAGGAGAUCAAGUAGACUGAUGGGAAAGGUUUUAGACCUUCAGAAGAAGCAGUCUGGUGGAGAAGUUGUAAAGUCAGAUUUGGACACUCUGGCAAUUCAUAGUGAUGGCUCAAUUAAAAGUGUGGAAAUUGGUGUGUUAAUGGGUAAGUCAGGAAAGGAAACUAUGUCUGACUCAGAAAGUGAAGUAGAUCAUGUUGCACAGUUGAAAACUGUAAGGAAAAGUCAAGCUAAUGAAUGUGGAAUUUUUAAUUAUGAAAGGGAAUAUGAAUCUCCACAAGUUGUUAAAGCAAAAUUAACCUUUAACAAACUUUCUCUUGGUCUUGAUGAGAGUCCCAGUUUAGAUAGUUUGCCUUCCACCACUCUGCAGAAUAAGAUGGAAAGGAGUGAUAGAGCAUUUCAGGAACAAGGUAGUGAAAAACUAGUUAACUGCGGUGACAACAUCGUCGAAGGAGAUACGGUGAGUAAUAUGUGCUAUCUUGCAUCACGAAGAGCAAAAGGAGAAGGGAAAAAGUUUACUGAAAAGAACAUUAGAAAAAUAUCAAAUGUGAGCCGAGAGAAGUCAAUUGAUAAUGUGAAUUUGCUGGAUAUAAAUGGUGAGAAAGCUUUGUGUGGCCGCAUUGUAGAUGUAAAGGACCAGACUUCAGUGAAUACGAGAAGACAGGAAAACAUAAGUGAGCAGUUGGAUGAGGGGGAUAGCCAAGUAGUUGAUGAAACAAUAGAACAAAAUCAAGAGAGGGAUGUGGAAUAUCUGGAUGAAGGAGAAGAAUUGGAAGUGCUAUCCACAUCAGGCACUGAAGAGAAUGAUGAAGUUCCAUCUCAUAAUUUUCCAACAAAUUUGCAUCAAAGUGAUAGUGAACUUGAAAGGAAUAAUGUUGGUGAAAAAAAAGAUAUGCCUGCCCUGAAGACACUACGGUCACGUUCACGACAUCUUUCUCGUGGUAAAGGUGGAAAGAAGGAUAGUGGUCUGGAUGUCAUAAAAAGAGAGGACAUCAGUCCACCCAUACCACAUUUAAAUAUUCAUUGUGUUUCAGAGGCAGUCUUAACUAAAGAGGUUCUUAUCAGCCCAGAGGUGAGUGAUGAAGAAUGUGAAUUAGUGUCACCUGGAGUUGCUAAUGAUGUAAAUGUAACGGAAACUUUCACUUUACCUGAGGCUUUGUUAACUAGUCCCAAGAGAAGUCCUUCUCCUAUUGCUAAAUCAAGUCAUGGUCCAAGGAAGAAUAGUGGAGGUAUCAGGUCACCACAGAAGAUGAUACCAGAAGAGCAAGAUGAAACUACUCUUCCCAAAUGCAAAAGUGAAGAUGUAUCUAUAACACCUCAUGCUCCCAAAGUUAAGAGUCUAUGUGUUGUAACUUUACAGGACAAAGUAAAAAGUAAGGCAUCUUGCACAGUGGGUACAUCAGACAAAAGUACUCUUACCAAAAAGCCUCCAAAGACUCCAGUUGUAGAGUCAUUGAAAUCACCCAAAACCCCCUCAAGAAACAGAAUGAGCAUCACUAAUCUUGAAUCAUUGUGUGCAGAAUCAUCUAGGAAAAGAACUUCUAGUAGGAGUAACACACCAAUAAAGAAAGUAACUCCUGAAAUGAUAGUUACAAAAGAAAACUUGGUGAAGAAAUCUGAUACACCUAUGUCAGAAGAUUUUGAAAAAACAGACAAAAUUGAUGUUGGUGUAACUGUUCACUCACUUCAAGAAACCGAAAGUAGCAUUCAAAAAGUGACCCCAGAAACUCCUCUUGUUACUGUGAAGAAACAAAGUACUAGUAUUAGCUUCCCAGAAACUAUGCCCAUAAUUUCUAGAAAUGAAAGUUCUGGUAGUUCAACAGAUUCAAAUUCCAGAAGAGAAUCUGUAUCAAAAGUGCUUCAUAGAACAAGGUCUUUUGAAAAAGACUCAGAAAGUAAUACUGCAUCAGAAGUGAGGACUACCAAUGAAGAAAGUGCAAUUGAUAGUGAAGAUGAAAAGUUAUUUGAGAAUAGAGUUCAGCAUCCAAAGAGUAAAAUAAUUAUUCCGUCUUUGCAAACCCUUGACGAACAGCACAUCAUUUUAAGGGUACCCAUCCCAGAAAACACCACAUCUAGCAGCUCUCCAGUUUCAUCCCUGGGACAGUAUUCUUCUCUGAGAAGAAGCUCUAGGCUGAGGAAAGGUACAGAGUUGCCGUCAUCUGAAAUUCAGGAUCUGGAGGGUGCUGGUAGUGUCAGUACUGUAACUCAGAAUAAGAAAAGUGCCAAGAUAGUAGGAAAUAAAGAGAGUGCCAGAGCUGGCAUGUCCAGCUCAACUGUUUCAGACUCAUCAGUGAUGGAGGAGCUGCCUUCUGGUGUGUGGAGCCCAGUUAAAACAAGGAAAAGAUUGCACUUGGGGAAAAUUAAGGCAUCACAAAGGACAGCUGAAGCAACUAGCAGUUUAUCCUCUGAGAGUGAGUUGUCAGAUCCAUCAUCCUCUGAGAAAGAUGAAUCCUUAGUCAACAAAACUUGUAUGCAUGAUGCUUCACCAACCAGAUUGUCAUCCAGGCCUCGUAGAUCAAUUGUGGGGUCAUGUUCCUAUAUGAGGAAGGAGUCACCUGUGGGGUUGGCUUCUAAGGGAGAAUCACCAGCCAUGUCACUCUUGAAGAAUAAUGAAUCACCAGCCACAUUAUCCUCAAGGGAAAAUAAAUCCCGAUCCAGAUCAUUCUCAAGCAAUACUGAAUCCCUGCCCAGAUCAUCCUCAUCCAGGCAAUCAAUGAAGAAUGAAUCUCCAGUCAAGUCAUCCUCAGGCAAGAGUGAGCCACCACCCAAGUCAACCUUGAAAAAGAUUGAAAUGCGAGGCAGCUCAUCUGCAGUUGACCACACUAUUAAGACUGAGCCAAAUGACAAAUGUACAGCUGCAGUAGUUGAAACACGCUCUUUACGUCGUCGCCAGGUUUCUUACUUAAUGAACUAAAGACUUGACUUGAAACUAUAGAUUAUCUUUGCUUGUGGAUAUAUACCAAAAUUUAUUAGAAUCUGUGUUCAGUGGGUAUAAGGCCAAAGAAUAAUUCAGACGAUGGCAUUAUCAAAGUUUAAUAGUGUUGUUAAAAUUCUGAAGUUACAUAAGAGUAAUGUUGUACAUAAUAUUAUACUAUAUGAACACUGAGAUAAGGUUUACUUCCACAUAACUGUUUUCUUCUUCCAUAGCUGUCUUACAUAAGGGGUAAGCAGUAUUAAAGUUUUCGUAAUUUUUUUAAAGAAUUUACCUGAAGUAUAGUACAGUAUAGUACUUGGAUUACUUUUGGUGACUCCUAUUUUAGCACUGUUUGAGUAGGAUUUAGAUAUUACAUUGUGCUCUCUGUGCUUAAGAUGGAAAAGUUGUGUGUAUAGUGUAGUAGUUCCCACUUAACCCUUAGGCCCCAGGUGACGUUCCAGAACGUCCUACUAGCGCGCCCCGGGUGACGUUCCAGAACGUCCGCCUAUU